UUUUUUUUGUCUGUUAUAUACAUAUUUUGGUCUCGAAUAAUAAUAAUAAUAAUAAUAAAAUCUAUACAUCAUGUCUUCGUCUAAUGAGUCUUCAUCACCGACCAUUUCUAUCGAAAAGCCCAUCACAACAAAAGACAUUGCCAACUUAUAUUCUCAUCUCCAAACGAUGAUUGAACAUGUGCCUAAAUCACCUCAUCAACUUACCCCUACGACGUCCUCUACAAGUUUAAAGCAAUUUAAAAAAGAGCCAGACUGCCCUUGUCAUCAUAUCCUUGUUUCUAAAGACUCAGAGCAUUGCGCACUUUGUGAUGAAACUAUACCCGCUAUUCAAGAUAUCCAGCAUGACCCCGAACUUAUUGAGCUUCAAAAAAAAUCAAAUGAAGUCAAUAGAACACUAGAGCGAACCAAAACAGCAUUGUCAUCACUUGAGCAGGAUAUGGUGGUGCUUCAAAAGAAAUAUGAGACGGAAAAAGAAGAAGCUGAAAAGGCUCAAAAGGCGAAACGGGAUGUCGAAAAUGAACUCGAAGAAUUAUCACAACGUCUAUUUGAAGAAGCCAAUGGAAUGGUAGCUGAUGAAAAACGACAGAGGCAUGAAUUAGAAGUACAAUACGAACAUCUUAAAGAAGAGCUUCGGAUAUGUCGAGAGCAAAUGGAAGCAGAAGAGCUACAGUUGAGGGAACUAAAGGAAAAAAUGUGUGCACAAAGUACAGAAGAAAGAGUGGACACAGGAAGCAAGCUUGAACAACGUGCAUCACGUGAUAUGACCCGUCUCUUCCAACGUCAACCCAUGAAUACCAAUAAUAACGAUAUUGAUUCUUUAAUAUUCAAGGAAUUUAAGGAAUUUGUCAAAACUGAUGUUCCACUUCGAAAGAUACAUUUGGUAUCCUACAUGAAAAACAGCUUUGCGGAAGAUAUUGAACCAUGUUUAAGGUUUGCUCGUCUUUCCUCCAAAAAAUUAUGUGAGGCCAUUUUAUUAAAUACUUGUUUUAUUGAAGAAACACCUUAUGGAUUUGCUCGAGAACAAAUUCAAAGUCGACCAGCAGAUAUGCCUCUUAAAAUUUCAGCAGCGAAAACAUUGAUUUGGGAGCGAUUAUCCAAUUCAGUAUUUGAGGGCUGUCAGGCAUGUGGACGUAUUAGUGGUGAAGAUUCAUUGCCUUAUCGAUUCCGCAUAUCUGUAAUCGAUGAUUGGGCAUGUAUCGAUCGUUAUUGUCGCGACCGACUAGUCUCUGUUUGUGAAUUUUAUACAUUUGUAAGAAAUGUACGACAGGGCUAUUACAAUGGUAGAACAAUAGAUGAUUUAUAUAGCGAAUCAAUACGUCUUAAACUGCAAAUGUUUUAUGCAAGAAUGGGAACACUAUCUCAAACACUACAUCAAAUGGGAGUAAAAGGAGAUGAAAUGGGACAUGCUUCACAACCAAACAUGAUUAUACCACCUCCUAUUGAGGAUAAUACUAUCAUGGAUAAAAAUUUAAGUGAAGACAAGAAAACAGACGAAUUUACUAAUGAAAACAAUGCUCUUAAUAUACUUGAAGAUAACAAUAUAGAAGCAAAUAAACAAGACUAUAGAAAUUCACUACAGUCAGAAAAAAACGGUUAAGUUAUAAUAUUUGCACUAAAAUUGCGCAGAUCAACUGACAAAACCAAAAAGACGGUGGAAAACGAAAAAAAAAAAGAAUUUUUUAUUGCCUUUUUAGUCAUAAACAAAAAAAAAAAAAUAUUUAUAUUGUUUAAAAUAAACUAAAU